GCGUCUAUCACGACGUCCCCGGCAGCACCCGGUCACGCCUAUCGGAAGCGGUGUGUCACGUGGGAGCGGCGCGCCCUCUGGAGCGGGAGCGAGCGGACGGUGAUUUCCGGUGUCGGGAGGCGGGUGGAAAGUUUCACCGGGACAGAGGGCGGUAGCGGCGGCGGUUCGGGAGCGGACCAUGGACAGCCAGGGCAGGAAGGUGGUGGUCUGCGACAAUGGUACCGGGUUUGUCAAGUGCGGAUAUGCUGGCUCCAACUUUCCAGAACACAUUUUUCCAGCGCUGGUGGGCCGUCCCAUUAUCCGAUCCACUGCCAAAGUUGGGAAUAUUGAGAUCAAGGAUCUGAUGGUGGGUGAUGAAGCCAGUGAAUUGCGUUCGAUGUUAGAGGUUAACUAUCCUAUGGAAAAUGGCAUUGUUCGAAACUGGGAUGACAUGAAACAUCUGUGGGAUUACACGUUUGGCCCAGAGAAGUUAGAUGUUGAUUCCAAGAAUUGCAAAAUUCUUCUAACUGAACCACCAAUGAACCCCACAAAGAAUAGGGAAAAGAUAAUUGAGGUGAUGUUUGAAACCUACCAGUUUAGUGGAGUCUACAUUGCUAUUCAAGCUGUACUCACACUCUACGCUCAAGGUUUGCUAACUGGUGUGGUUGUGGACUCGGGUGAUGGUGUGACACACAUCUGUCCAGUAUAUGAAGGGUUCUCACUGCCACACCUAACACGGAGGCUCGACAUUGCUGGCCGGGAUAUCACCCGAUACCUCAUUAAGCUGCUUCUCCUGCGAGGUUAUGCUUUCAACCACUCAGCUGAUUUUGAAACGGUUCGUAUGAUGAAGGAGAAGCUGUGUUAUGUCGGAUAUAACAUUGAGCAGGAGCAGAAACUGGCGCUGGAAACAACUGUGUUGGUGGAGUCCUACACGCUUCCAGAUGGCCGAGUGAUAAAAGUUGGAGGAGAGCGUUUCGAAGCAGCUGAAGCCUUGUUUCAGCCUCAUCUCAUCAAUGUGGAAGGUGUCGGUGUGGCUGAGUUACUCUUCAGUACGAUUCAAGCAGCUGAUAUUGAUACCAGGUCAGAGUUCUACAAGCACAUUGUCCUUUCUGGUGGCUCAACCAUGUAUCCCGGUUUACCAUCACGCCUGGAGCGUGAGCUCAAACAGCUGUACCUUGAGCGUGUUCUCAAAGGGGAUGUCGAGAAACUUUCUGUAAGUCACACUGUACUGUUCAAAGCAAUUCUCCAAAUGUCUCCAUUCCUGACUGUCAUCAGGCCUGGUUUAGUGGACUGA